AUGUCGAUAUGCAACGGUAUUACCCGCCAGUUACGAAUCACCGCAUCACAUUUCCUCAAGGACUACAGACCACUCGUUCAGCAACCGCCAACAUGCUGGAAUGCCUCUAUGACUUCGGUCCCAAGAUCCUUCAAUAGCGCGGCCCACAGACACUUAGGAUACGUCAGAUCACUGAAUCUACGGAGGGGUGGAUUAAAUGCGCAAUGUCCGCAAAAUGCUCUCCGGGCACGGCGGAGAUUUUCAGUCACUGCGGUGGCAUCGCAUGGACAUAUUGAUCCUCCCAAACAAGGAGAGGAGCUCAAUGUGACCUUCAUUGACAAGGACGGUGAGAAACACCAUUUCAAGGUGGCCAAGGGAGACAACCUGCUUGAUAUCGCCCAGGCGAAUGAUCUAGAAAUGGAAGGUGCCUGCGGUGGAUCAUGCGCGUGCUCAACCUGCCAUGUUAUCGUGGAAGAUCCCGACAUGUAUGAUAAGCUGGAAGAACCUGACGACGACGAGAAUGACAUGCUCGACCUUGCCUUUGGCUUGACGGAGACUUCGCGGCUGGGAUGCCAAGUGAAGAUGAGCCCGGAGUUGGAUGGACUCGUUGUACGACUGCCGAGCAUGACGCGAAAUUUGCAAGCAAGCGAUUUUGAGAAGAAAUAG